AUGAAUCUUUCCGUGACUCUAUGUGUCGAUCUCCUCGACGAUGAAGAAGCAGAUGAAAUCUCUCUCUCCGGACCAGAUGAAAUCAAAUCAAAACGAAAGGUAGAUAAGGAAGGAUCGUCAAAGCAUAUGACGAAGGAUCGUCAAAGCAGAGGAGGAAUACAGGUUGGUAAUUGUUGUGAUAGGGUUAUUAAUAGAAGUCAAGGCAUCGGAGAAGAACGUGGUGCAAACACUGAAGCCAUUCGUAAAGAAAGAAGAACGUGGACCCCAACCGAAGAUGUAGUGCUCAUCAGCUCGUGGCUGAACACGAGCAAAGACCCUAUAGUUGGGAAUGAGCAAAGGUCUAUUGCAUUCUGGAAAAAAAUUGCUGGGUAUUACAAUGCUUGUCCUAAGCUUGCUGGGUGUGAGAAGAGAGAGGCAGCUCACUGUAAGAAUCUCUGGCACAAGAUCAAUGACAUAGUUUGCAAGUUUUUUGGAGCAUAUGAAGCUGCAAACAUAGAGAAAACUAGUGGGCAAAAUGAGAAUGAUGUCCUCAAACUAGCCCACGAGAUCUUCUUCACAAACCAUAAAAAAAAGUUCACCCUUGAGCAUGCUUGGAAAGAAUUACGUAAUGACCAGAAGUGGAGUGAACUGUCUGCGUCUAAAAAUGAUUCCAAAAAGAGGAAGUGUGAGGACAGUGAACAUUCAGCAAGCUCUCCAGUUGAUAUGGCUGUAGAUGAUGAAGGAACUACUCGUCCCACGGGUGUUAAGGCUGCAAAAGCCCGUGGUAAGAAGACGAUGGUGGAGGGGAAGGAUCUGGACGCGUUUGAGACUAUGUGGAGCAUCAAGCAGCAGGAUUUGGCGAUCAAAGAAAGGCUGUCGAAGAUGAAGCUUCUUGACAGUCUAAUUGCAAAACAAGAACCCCUUGUUGAUUAUGAAGAAGCUCUGAAGAAGAAGCUCAUUAUUGAGUUGAUGUCUAAUUAG